CCCAAGACAUAUUUUGUACACAAUCUAGAAUGUUUUGAAUUCCCGUCAUUACUACCGUCGGCAUUCGAUAAAAUUUGUACAUUCUAUUAUGUUCAGGUUUUGAUUUCGGAAACCUCUAUAUAAUAUUGAGCAAAAUUUUUCAUAAACAAAUUAGACACACACAGACAACAGUUGCGACAGGAUAAUCAGCCAUGGCCCGUCAUCUAGCGCAGAUCAUAGUUCUGGGCGCCCAAAUGGUCGGUCGGGCCUUAGUGAAGACCCUGAAGCAGGAGAUGGAGGCCUCUCGGGAGGCGGCCCGCAUGCACCAGGCCUUGAGGACGAAUAAAAGCGAUCCCAACGAUGUCCCCGUUAAGGGCAUGACCCUAAUGGAGGCCCAGCAAAUUCUGAAUGUCAAGGGCCUGGAGGACCGUCAAGAGAUCGAUUCGCACUACAGGCAUCUGUUCGGGGCCAACGAAAAGCCGGCAGGCGGAUCCUUUUACAUACAGUCGAAGGUUUAUCGGGCCAAGGAGCGCAUCGACCAGGAACUAACCAAGCAGUCCCAGUCUAAGGAUAAACGGGCCAAACAGGGCCAACAGGCCCAUCCGGAUAGCGCAUCCGGGGCCCAGGCCGACGAGUCGGGCCAAAACAAAAGCCGGUGACCAUUCCCGGCUGAAUCCUACCGGCCUGGCUCGAUGGUGGCGUGCAGUGGAUCCUGUCCCGUUGUGUUCACUCCAAAAACCAUUUCGAAUUGCUAGUCCAAGUGUCCCCUCAUUAAAUUGUCGAAAGCCUAUCUUGAAAGUCCAUAAUGCAUAACGCGAUAAAAAGAAAUAAAUGUUUCAAAUUGUA